AUGGCCGACUUCCCCCAAAAUAAGGGCGCAGACUUAGAAAACUCCAGGGACCGCAAAGUCCUCGGCGACUACAGCGGGGCGCUCAGCUACGGCUCCACCGCCAAGUACCUGAACAUUACCGCCCUGGUGAUCAACAUCUUCCUCAUCUUCCUCUUCAUCGCCCUCCUCGCUACCGGCACCAUCGCCAUGGCGAACAUCUUCCACCAGCAGAAAGAGCAUUACCCCUUCCCCGGCCCCACUUAG